AUGGCCGGUUCUCAGGGACUGCUGACCUUCAGGGAUGUGGCCAUUGAAUUCUCUCAGGAGGAGUGGGGAUGCCUGAGCUACAGCCAGCGGGAACUGUACAGGGAUGUGAUGUUAGAGAACUACAGACACGUGCUCUUCUUGGGUCUUGUUGUGUCAAAGCCGGACCUGGUCAUCUUUUUGGAACAACAGAGGGAGCUAUGGGAUGUGAAGAGAAAGAAGAUCAUAGCUUCAUACCCAGCUGAACUUUCAAAUGAUACUGAGAGGCUCCUUCCAAAGAUGUUCAUAGAAACUGCUUUCCAAAGAAUGUCAGUGAAUAGAUAUAAACAUAGUGUCCUUGAGAAUGGACACUUCAUGAUGGAUUGGAACAAGGAUGGCAAGAGUGAAGGGCAUCAAAUAUAUCUGGGGACUCCUUUUCCAGAGAACAAUUAUGAAUGUAAUAAAAAUGGGGAGGUCUUUGAUCAAAGCACCAACCUUAUUAUACAUAAGAGCAUACAUUUGGGAGAGAAUCCUUCUAAAUAUAAUGAAUGUGGGAAAAUACUUAACCAGUCCUUCAGUGUUGGUGAUCAAAAGAAGAUUCUUGUGGGACAAAACCCAUACUCAUGCAAUGAACCUGGGAACAUGCUUAGUCAGUCAUCAAGAUUACACGUAAAUAAGACAAUCCAUACUGGACAGAAAGGUUACAUUUGUAAGGAGUGUGACAAAGCCUUCAAUGGGCACUCAGCACUAAUUCAACAUCAGCGAGUGCACACUGGAGAAACACCAUAUGAAUGUGAAGAAUGUGGUAAAACCUUUAAUUAUGGCUCAUCAGUAAAUGGACAUAGACUAAUCCAUACAGGAGAGGAACCUUACACACAUAAAAAAUGUGGGAUGGCCUUUACCCAAAACUCACCUCUUACUGGAGAUCAAAAAACCCAUACUGAAGAGAAACCUUACCAAUGUCAAAAAUGUGGCAAGGCCUUUAAGAGGCCCUCGGCCCUUAAUCAACAUCACCAGAUCCAUACUGGAGAAAAACCUUACCAAUGUCAAGAAUGUGGCAAGGCCUUUAGCUGGCCAUCAAAGCUUACCAAACAUCACCGAAUCCACACUGGAGAGAAACCUUACCGAUGUAAAGACUGUGGCAAAGCCUUUAAGUGGCCCUCAGCCCUUAGUCAACAUCAUAGAAUCCAUACUGGAAAGAGACCUUAUCAAUGUAUGGAAUGUGGCAGGGCCUUUAAAUCGUCCUCAGCCCUUAAUCAACAUCACCCAAUCCAUACUGGAGAGAAACCUUACCAAUGUAAAGAAUGUGGCAAGGCCUUUACUCACACCUCAGGCCUUACCAAACAUCACAGAAUCCAUACUGGAGAGAAACCUUACCAAUGUCAAGAAUGUGGCAAGGCUUUUACCCAGCACAUACACCUUAUUGGACAUCACAGAGUCCAUACUGGAGAGAAACCUUACAAAUGUCAAGAAUGUGGCAAGUUCUUUAAGUGGCUCUCAGACUUUAACCAUCAUCACCGAAUUCAUACUGGAGAGAAACCUUAUCAAUGUAAAGUAUGUGGCAAGGCCUUUAACUGGCCCUCAGCUUUUAAAACACAUUGCAGAAUCCAUACUGGAGAAAAACCUUACCAAUGUCAAGAAUGUGGCAAGGCCUUUAUCCAACUAACACAUCUUAUUCAGCAUCACAGAAUUCAUACUGGAUUGAAACUCUUAAAAUGUUAG